CCUUCCCCGGUGGUGCAACGAAUAGAAGUUGGAGAGAGAAAAUCCACUACUCACUUUUAGAGAGAGAGAGAGACUGACAACAAAGCAAUUUGUUUGGACUUGCGAUGAUGUUCUGGUAGAGCUCAGUAGGAGGAGGAGGAGACGAGUAUUUGCCUAUUUGGGUUCUUGCACUGUCUCUCUCUAUCUGGUGAAAUCUCUUGUCUAAUAACAUCAACCUGUGCACCGAUGAGGAUCAGGAAAAGACAGGUACCGCUCCCUCUCUCCUCUCUCUCUUCUGUGCCAGUCUCAGAUCCCCACUGCUUUGGCCGCUCACCGGCGGUGCAACUUCAACUGCACAACCAACCAACUACCCAGUCCGAUGCUCCACCUUCGGAUCAGCCAAAUCAACCAACCGGAGGAGGAAACAACGGCCCCGAUUUCCCUGAUGAUGCUGCAGGUGGGGCACAAGAAAAGAAGAAUAACAAUUGUAUGAAGUUAUUGUUGAAGGAAGAUGAUGAGAGAGGAGGUGGAGAGGAAGAUAGGAGUCAUGAUUUCAGGAAGGGAAGUUCCUCAUCAGGUGCAUAUAUGGCUACUGCAGAUCUUGCACAAUCAUACUCUUCUAGUGAAGAUGUAGGGAGUUGGUGCAAGGGGGAGAAAGCAUUUCCACUGAAGAAAAGGAGAGGAAGAUUUGACAGGCCGAGCAAUAACGAACAAGAAACUACAAUGGAGAAGAACAAGAAGAUGAAAACCAAAAUGAAGACAAAGAUGAACAAGAAACCAUGUGUGAAGCCAACCGAGAAUGGCGAAGAAGAAGACCAAAAUAAUCAAUUAGAAGAAAAGAAAAGAAAAGAGGGUGCGAAAAAGAGGGGUACUAGAGGUGCUGGCGAACUAAUGGAAGGAUCAAGGUGCAGUCGUGUUAAUGGUAGAGGUUGGAGAUGUUGUCAGAAAACACUUGUGGGUUAUUCCUUGUGUGAGCAUCACUUGGGUAAGGGAAGACUACGAAGCAUGAAUAGCGUUCGAAACCGAUCCUUGGCUGCUGCUGCUGCUGCUACUCCUCAGCCAAAGAAUGCUGUAACAGCUGCUCCAUUAUCGAUUCCUUCAUCGGAAAAGGAAGAACAAGCUGAAGAUGAGAAGAAGCCAUUAUUGAUGGCUGCUAGAAAGAAGAGGGUGAAGCUUGGCAUGGUGAAAGCUCGAUCCAUAAGCAGCUUGCUGGGAGAGAACAACAUUGCUGCAACGUCUACUCUAGCUGAUGGAGAUCAAAAUGAUCUAAUAAACAAUCAAGGUACUAUACCUAAUUAAUAACAUUUUGAUGUUCUUGUGUGUAAGAUAAAUUAAGGUUUGAGGUUGAUUAUAUAUGUGUUACACGCUGACUAGCGCAGCUUUUUUCUGGUUAUAUCUUGUAAUUAAACAAGGAUAAUAGUGUUAUUGUUUCAUUUCAGAAGUGGGAGCCGGAUGUUACUUUAAAAUUUAAAUAAUGGUU